GUUGACCCGAGGACGUGUGGGUUUUUGAGAAGGUGACAUCUGUGUGAGGAAGAUAAGUCUUCUGCUCACCAUCAGCCACUCAGAACUUCAAACAAGCUCCGAGUGCGUUGCUCACUUAAUCCGGAUUCUAACCUGCUCCCAAGUCUUUAACCAUGAGGACAUACGUUUGGAUUUAUCAUGCUUUGCUCUGUGUUCUGCUCACUAUUGUGGAAACAGGUUGCUGCAGAAAGUCUCGUCAGUUAUUACAGAGGUAUGAAAAGACUGAAAGCCACAUGCUCGUUUGCACAGACUGUCCUCAGCUCCCAUUGAUACGAACCAGCAAUUCAGAGGAACGCUGUGCCCGGAAAUGCAAAGUGAAGAAAAACUUCAACUGCAGAGCCUUUAACUUUCAGCGGCACAGCAAGAAAUGCCACUUGCUUCCUUUUGACCGUUUCACCAACAAUGUGCAGAAGCAGGCCAACAUCAACUUUACUUUAUACGAAAAAAAAGAUUACAUAAGGGAGUGUAUCAUUGGCGCCAUGGACAACUACAGAGGAAGGAGGUCAUGGACAAAGUCAAAUAUCACUUGCCAAGCUUGGUCAGAUAAUAACAUCAAUGAGCACACGUUUUAUCCAGAUAGGUACCCGACGCAAGACCUGAGGGACAACUUCUGUCGGAAUCCUAACAACGAUCCCGGUGGUCCGUGGUGCUACACCACAGAUCCCAAUGUACGAGCUGAGGAGUGUGGCAUACCACAGUGUUCAGAAGAUGUCUGCAUGACAUGUAACGGGGAGGAUUACCGGGGCAAAAUGGACCAUACAGAGAGUGGCAAAGAGUGCCAGAGAUGGGACUCGGCAAGGCCUCACAAACACCCCUUCCAGCCCAAGAAGUAUCGGGACAAAGAUUUAAAGGACAACUACUGUAGGAACCCGAAUAACCGCCUCCGUCCUUGGUGUUACACCAUGGAUCCCAAAACUCCAUGGGAGUACUGUAACAUCACUGUGUGUGGUUCAGACCCCAGCGAGGACUCUGAUGUUGAAGUAACAACUUCCUGUGCCCAGGGCAAGGGCACAGACUACCGAGGCACAAUGAAUGUCACCCCGGAGGGUGUGACAUGUCAGCGCUGGGACUCCCAGUUCCCGCAUAGCCACUCCUUUCUUCCGCAGAACUACAAAUGCAAUUUGUGUGUGUGUUAUAGAGACCUCAGAGAGAAUUACUGUCGUAAUCCUGAUGGUGCAGAUUACCCAUGGUGCUUCACUACAAACCCUAAUCAGAGGAUAGCCAAUUGCACCCACAUCCCGAGAUGUGGUGCAGAGGCUACACAAAAAGCAGAGUGUUAUGAAGAGAAUGGAGAGACGUAUCGGGGCACUUUAUCCAUAACUCGAUCAGGGAUUCCCUGUGCAGACUGGUCACAUCACAUAAACAGUGGGGAUUCUCACUCUACGGUGUCCCAUGUAGGGCUGGAGAAGAACUACUGCAGGAACCCAGAUCGCGACAGACACGGCCCCUGGUGUUACACCAGUCCAAAUAACCGCUUGGCCUGGGAUUACUGUAAACUAAAACACUGUGAAUCAGCUACAAAGGCUCCUCAGACAAAUAUUCAAACGAGGCCCAAGAUAUCAUGCUUUGUGCACAUAAACACCAGAAUAGUUGGAGGACAUCAAGUGCGAGGUACAGAUGGCAGCUGGGUUGUAAGCAUCCAAAGACAGAAGGUCCAUUUGUGUGGUGGCUCACUAAUCAGAGAGAACUGGGUUUUGACAGACCAGCAGUGCUUCACCUCCUGCGUUCCAGAUCUCCGGGAUUACAGCGUGCAGGUCGGUCUGCAUCACCUCGAUGAGUCUAAAAACCGACCACGACUACGAAUCUCUCGCCUGAUCUGUGGCCCAGACGGCUCCAACCUAGUAAUGUUGAAGCUAGCAGAUCCUGCCCCUGUGUCUGAAGGUGCAUCCACCAUUCAUCUUCCCGUGAAAGACUGUCGCAUCCCUGAAGGCACCAACUGCACCAUGUAUGGAUGGGGGGAAACCAAAAAUACUGGACACGAUGAAGCCCUUAACACUGUAAUCAUGCCGAUGGUGGACAACGACAUGUGCUCGCAAAUCAAAGAAGACACCGGGGAAAGCAGAAUAUGUGCUGGUGGGAAAAGGGGAGAAGGCGUAUGUGAUAGGGACUACGGUGGCCCACUGGUUUGCCAAGAACAUGAGCGCAAAGUCAUAAUUGGUGUGAGCAUCCAAAGGACAAAAUGUGCCUCAUCACAGCCAGCACUUUUUGUUAAUGUUGCUUUCUACUCAGGGUGGAUAUACAAAGUCUUCAGACUUUACCCGAAUGUGUAAAGAAACUAAUGGAGUGGUGUGAAAAGCAACCCACAGGGGACUACCAUAGCUUGCAAGAGCUGGCAGAGGAACUUGGGCCACAAAGACUUCUCCAACAUGGAUUAUUGGGUGGCAUACAGAAAAUGACUGUGUGAUAGUGACAAGUUUGGAUUUUAUGGUGGAAUCUGUCGCCAUCUGUAGAUGACAUAAACUAGAAAUUGGAGACUGGAUGCAUCUAAUUGGCUCUCACCCAUUCUUCGAUUUUGCAGAUGAGGAGAUCUCGGUGUUGAAGCUCGAUACCAUUUUCGAAAUCAAAGUCUUGUGCACAUAAACGGCGUGCAAAUUGUUUUUUGACAUGUUCAGAAUUUCUGAAGCCAUGCAAACAAUGACAAUGAGGAGGACACUUGUGAUUCAGUAUUAUCUCCUGGAAUAUACUUGAACCCAACUCUCUGGUGGUUAUCACUUAAGGUAGCCUUCAUUGACUGGGACCUUUUUUUUUUUUAGAAGAAGAAGAAGAAGUGUUUUUUUUAAGUGUCGAGCUGGUCUUUUUACCUUAAACACAAGCGAUGGGGAUUGACAUAAAUGUUGCCUUCAUGACAAAAAUAGGUACUUAUCUGGUAUUAAGGUGCUUAAUGAUUAUCACAGCAACCAAAGGUGUCCAAGAAAAGAAAAUAUAUGAGUGAAAAUGUCAUUGUAAUCUGCCUAUUAUGUUCCCUUUGAGAAAAUAGCCUUUCAGCCUGGCAGUGCUAAUUAUGUGCAGUAGCUGAACUACCUUUUCCCCAGUUAGCUGUAACUAUUAGUUUCCCCCAUGAGAGGGUCUAAGUAGGACUGAGCAAACUGCUCCAAAUCUUAUGCUAAUAUUUGUAGCAUGAGAGAAAGACGAGCCAUGCCAAAUAUAACAUGGCUAUUUGGUCUCCAGUAUGGAGGGAACUGUGGCCCCUGGCGGGCUGUGUGUGGUCAGUAGGAUAUUUUAUACUUCUUUUUUUUUUUGUUUCAUGGAAAGUGACUCUGUAUGUGGAUACCUGCAGAUUUGUUAUGUUUCCGCUGUGCUGUAUAAAUUUAUAGGUCUUAUAGAUCUGGAAUAUUUUUGGGUCACUCGGUAAUGUCAGAUUGGCUUAUUUGUGCUGAGUAUGUUUAAUAUUUAAAGAGACUGCUUGCUUUUAAGUAAUGUAUAUUUAUUUUUCUAAAUGAAAAAAACUGUUCCAAAACGAAUUCGUAAUUGCGUAUGAUAUUUUGAUGAUAAUUUCUUGUUUCGAAGAAUUACAGAUCUUUAAAUAACUGUGGCGCAAACCUGGCAUUUAAAUAACACAGACCAGAGCAGAAUAUUAGGUACAAUAUGCCUCACAUGGCCAAACUUUGUUUCAUGGUAUUGUUUUGCCCACACGGAAAUUUUGAAUCUAGGAGGAGGUGGGGUAUUUUCUUAAGGCAGUGAUAGUUGAGAUGGGGUGAAGGAGACAGACUACCAUUUAAGUUCACAUUCACACCUACAGCCAAUUUAGCAUCUCCAGUUAACCUAAUAUGGAGGAGGAGGAAGCUGAAGCACACGGCGAAAACCUACUCAGGUACAGGCUGGUUGAUUUGAACCCGGGAUGUUCUUGCUGUAGCACAACUACUGCAACCACUGUUCUAUACUUUAUUUUAGCUCAUAAAGGGACCUGGACAUAUUGUAAAAGAGUUGAUGAUUAAUCCAGUUUUUGCUCAUAUUAAUAAAGAUUGUUUCGGCUCAUCCCUUAUAAGGGGUCACUACAGCGGAUGGAUGUGCAUAUUUGAUUUGACACAUUUUCCUGUACCCUCCGAGGGAUCUCAAGCUCAAACCAGUGAUCUUUUGCCUGUUAGGUGAAUAUGUUAGUCACAUUUUUCUUUAACAUUGAUGUUAGUUAUUAAUCGUGUUUCAUGCAAAGGGAUAAACAAGAUGAACAAAAUCAUCAGGGGGGAAACAUCCCUACAUGAAAAAUUAGAGCAUAAUUGACUUUUGACACUUUCAACUUUGCAUUACACAGAUUAGAAAAAGUAAAUAUGUGGUUUGCUUACAAGAAUCUGAUUCCCACAACUUUAGAAUAACCAGAACUUAACCUAAUGAUGCCCCAAGUGGCCUUGUGUUUCUCAGCUAUCAACAGCAGUGUAGCUGUGGGGAUGUUUGUGCAUGUCGCAACAGCAUUUAAAACCUAAAAUUCUAACUCUCAGUUCUAAAAUAACCGCUGCAAAUAUCAUGUUGGAAAUGGUACAGUAGAGUCACAAAAAAAUGAUAUAUUUGGCUGUAAGUCAAUGGGUUUUAUGUUCUAACCAGUGAGUAAGUCAUUUGGCCAGGAUUCACGGGAAUUCUUGCAAAGAAACAAACGGUAUUCAAUAUCAUUGUAUGAAUGCAGGCCUUUAAUAGUCUCACACAGGUUUCCAGUCAAAGUGAAGGUCUGUAAAGUGGCUAAUUUAUGGAAAGGUAGCUUCCUGAAAGGCUGAUUAAACAGCUAAAACCAAUACUCAUGUGGCAGAUCAUGAACCACAACUAAUGCUCUUAAGGUGCCGUUGCUGUUAUUUAAUUUUCCUUAAUAUAAAAAGCCUCAUACGUUCUGUAAAUUACAAAUUGUAAUUUUUGUAAAUAUCAUACUUGAGUAUUUUUAUUCCUUGAUCAUUCUGUUUAUAUGUUUGUAUACUGUAGAAUAUAACAGCUGCUAUUUUGUGUUAGUGAUUUGUUUCAUAUUGGUGAUCUUUCCUGAAAUUUGUAACCUUUUGUAAUUUUCCUAUUUUAAUAAACACCUUAACAUUA